AUGGCCGUUUCGGGCAUGAACCAAAGCCAGAAGCAGGUUGAUGUUGCGUUGAGAGGACUGGAAAUGCCCACCAAGGAUGGGUAUAAAGCCAAGUUGAAAAGGAACCGAAAGAGACCGUCCAAUAAGGAAGCCUCAUCGAUAUGCAAGGCUCAAGGCAAAUACUCCGCUGAUGCUUGA